AAAUUUCUUUCCCUCUUAUGCAUCUCCAAUUCCUUAACCAUGAAAAAUAUGACCCGAGAUAUCACGCCCAAAUGAUUUCCCAUCUGACAUGCCAUGUUAACCCUCCUCUCUCCCCACUACAACGCUCAGGAGGUUACAAGAGGCGACCUUGUCAUCGCCUCGGCGGCGUUCGGCUUCACACUUGGUUUUGGAUGGUUGACUGCGUUUAAGGCCAUUAGGCAGACCUGGCAGGUGUAUCAGCGCCAUGGCCGGCGAGUGUUUCGAAAUGCGUAUAUUAUAAUGGUCUGGGGGGAGUUGACGGUCUGUACGAUUUUUAUGGUUAUUUGUAUCUUGCAUUUACUGGGCGUUAUACCCCCAAGUUUUGCAUUUUAUUUUACAAUUCUUACGACAUGGGCUCUUCAGGUCCAAUUCCUUCUCCAAAUCAUCGUCAAUCGCUGCGGCAUCCUCCUCACCAACAAAAAGAAAGCCUACCGCCUCAAAGUCCUGAUCGGUACGCUCAUAACGGCCGUUAAUAUUUCUGUCUAUUGCAUCUGGAUUCCGGCGCGAUUGCAAGUAUCUGAACGAUAUAUCCACAUCAACGAGUGGUGGGAUCGAUGCGAAAAAGUCAUCUAUCUUAUUGUCGAUGGCUGUCUGAAUUUCUACUUCAUCCACAUCGUUCGUAAAAAUCUGAUAAUUCAUGGCCUUACGAAGUAUAAGAGGUUAACGCAUUUCAAUAUGUUUAUCAUUGGAUUCUCCUUGAGUAUGGACGUCCUUAUUAUUGCCAUGAUGAGUUUACGAAAUACCUUUGUAUAUAUGCAAUUUCACCCACUAGCAUACACUGUAAAAUUACACAUCGAGAUGUCAAUGGCGGAUCUCAUCGGCAAGAUCGCUCGCGAUAAGCAUUGUGGCAUUAUAGCUGAAGGCACAUUUUCGAGUAGGGUUAGCAACGGGACAUAUCAUCUAGAGGAUGUUCAAGGGUUAGAUAGCCAAACGAGGCUAGCAGAACAGGGGGACAGAGGAAGUGUUUCGAAACCCAGACGGAUGUUUCGCUCUUAUUCACGGCGGACCGGAGAGUAUGACAGAGAUGACUACCCAGAACCAUGUUGAUAGCGAUAUACAAUCAGCCAAAAUAUAACGAUACGUUGAAUAGAAA